AUGGACGUCGCUCUUGAAAUCCUCGACCCGCUGGUCUUUGACAAGGCCUACGCCUACCUGGUACCCGCGCCAACAGCAGCAGCGCAUUUCAAUGGCUCCUCAGCAGCGACGACACACGACGCGCUCGCCUACACAACAGACUUCGCCGGUGCCGCUGGCUCUGCCUGGGCGCGCGACAACAUUGUGCGCCAAUGUAUCUCCAUCCUCAUCGUCACCCAGAUCGGCGCCUCGGGCCUGUACUGGGUGUUUAGCGCCCUAUCGUACUACCUCAUCUUUGACCGCCGUCUCGAAUACCACCCGCGCUUCCUGAAGAACCAGAUCCGCCAAGAGAUGGUGUCGUCGAUGAGCGCUGUGCCCUUCAUCAAUAUCCUCACGUUACCGUGGUUCCUCGCUGAGGUGCGCGGCAAGAGCUUGCUCUACACGAAUGUCGAAGACUACGGCUGGUCGUGGAUGCUGGUGUCGACCGUGCUUUUCAUGAUCUGGAAUGAUUUCUUGAUCUACUGGAUUCACCGGCUCGAACACCACCCCAGUGUUUACAAGUAUAUCCACAAGCCGCACCACAAAUGGAUCGUUCCGACGCCCUGGGCCGCGCUCGCCUUCCACCCUCUCGACGGCUACGUCCAGUCGCUCCCUUACCACAUGUUUGUCUUCAUCUGCCCGGUACAAAAGUACCUCUACUUCAUCCUCUUCGGGCUGGUGCAGAUCUGGACCAUCCUAAUCCACGACGGCGACAUGAUCUCGGGCCACUGGCUCGAGAAGUUCGUCAACAGCCCCGCUCACCACACCCUGCAUCACAUGUACUUCACCGUCAACUACGGCCAGUACUUCACUUGGGCCGACAGCUACUUCAACUCCCAUCGUGCCCCACAACCCGAACUUGAUCCGCUGCACGAGGCACUGCGCGUCAUGCGCGAGAAGGGCCUGGUCGAUGAGAAGGGUGAGCCGAUCCCCCAGGCGAAGAAGGGGACGGGGAAGAAGGGUGGAAAGGACGAGUAA